AUUUCAUGGAAUCGAUUGAGAACCAACCUACGACACACCCCAUCAUCCCCGUGCGUUAGAAGAGAUGGGCAAGACGCCAAAACCGAAGGCGAGAGAGCAAUCUGUUCACUCCCGAGCAGCUCGCCGCCAGGCCACACCCCCUCCGACCUCGAGCCUCGCAGCGAAGCAGUCAGCACAGGAUGUCGCGGCCCAGCCGUGGAUCCAUCACGCCCAGAACGCUGGCAUUGCAAAGAAGAAAAAGGCCAAGCCUUUGACGCGACAACAACGUCUACGACACCAGCGGGGCAUGGAGAAUGCGGCGAGGAAUGUCGACAGGCUGGAGAAGAAGGUGGCAGAGAGCAAGCGUCGGGGGAGGAAGGUGAGGGACAGACGGACGGAGUGGGAGGAGUUGAACGGCAAGGUCGAGGCGAAGGGAGAUGGAGCAGAGGUGGAUGAUGCAGAGGAGAUUCGGGCGCCAAUGAAGGCGGACUGGACGAAGAAGAUGGUGGAGGUGGAGCUGGAAGAGGCGCUGGAGGAGAUUGAGGGCUUCGAGCUGCCUUCCAUUGCGCCGCAACGCGAGACGGUGGACGAAGCGGAUACGGCCUCGCUCGAGGCAGCGCCAAAGGAGAAUGAGCCUCUUGCUACACCGACGGCAAUUGAACUGGACGAAGUGACUUGAAACAUGCUACAUUGAGCGGCGCCAGCAUUCCAACAACGAUGAAUCGACGUGCCCUCUGGCAGCCUCGGCCGUUGAUGGGAUCCUCGUCAGAUGCCCCACCAGUCCAGGACAAGCAUUGGCACCUGCAUCGCGAAAGUCCAAAGGGUUCAAUACGAUCCACAGGAAUACUAUCAGGCAUUCUUUCGACCAAGCCCAGCGCUGUCAAGGAGGAUGAUUGCACAGUCCUGAGCACCAUGGCCUCGAGGUCCAUUGUCGCAAUGCAGGACACAGUGUCGCAUCAUCAACAGGCAAUUAUUGCCUAUCUACAGUCUCCAUCGAGAACAACCCAGUCCUAUUUACUUGCAAGGCCAAGCGAGCACGCGAUUGUUUCCGGCAUUUUAGGCCCCACCGCGCCAGCCAGCUAAUAAACUACGAGGCAAGGAUACCGUGCCGUGGUAUAUUUUCAGCCCUGACCCGCUUGACCAAAUGCCUAAGUUUCAGUCUUCCA